UGCUUUCGAAACAUAAGUAACUUCAAAAGCACCGACAAGUGUAGUCCACCAAUGUUGCAUAAAUACAAGUAUCGUUGGGAAUUAGCACGAGGCACUUCUGACCGUCCUGAUAACAUUUAAGUCAUAAUCCAUGUUGUUGACUACAGCAUUACUAAAAUUGCAAGCGUGUAAUUUCAUAAAUCUUCAAUUUCUAUAUGAAUAUAUUUGAAAAUGUAGAAGAUGGAAAAGUUACAAAACUUUUAGACACUCGGUAUAUUGAAUUUGUUUUCAACAGUAUUGCCAACUCAUAUUGCUGACAUAAAGGUCCCCUGGCUGUUCGGCGCGUUCGGCAGUUUCCAGAUCAUUUAUUGUGAAAAUGUCGCGUAGAGAACGAGAUAAAUCGAGGGAAGAAAUUGCCAAGCAGUUUCUUCUUCCGGAACGACAAUCAAAAAUUGACACACUUAUGAAGCAAGAUGGACAAGCGUAUUGCAUCUGCCGAUCAUCUGAUUCUUCCCGUUUCAUGAUAGCAUGUGAUGCCUGUGAGGAAUGGUACCAUGGAGAUUGCAUCAAUAUAUCUGAGAAGGAGGCAAAGCUUAUCCGGCAAUAUUUUUGUAUGCGGUGCACUGAAGAAGAUAAUUCUUUAAAAACUCGAUGGAGAGCAAAGAAGGACGAAACGAUUAAACCGGCAGAAGGUAUAGAGGAUCCAAAGUCCAAAAAGCGUAAAGAACGGAAUGAGCAAAAGGUUGAUAAAAAGUUAAAGAAGUGCGGGGAUUGCAUGGGAUGUCUGCGUACCGUAGAUUGCGGGAAAUGCGAUGUAUGCAUCAAGCAAAGUAAAAGGCACAGUGGGAAGCACAAGGAGAGAUGUAAACAAAGGAUUUGCAUCAAUUAUGGGGGUAUUCAAGAAAGUCGCAGUAGAAGAAAACGUCGCGACUCCAGCUCGGAUCGUGAAGUAUCGUCUACCGCUCACCUGCAGACUGCCGAAGCUCGUCAGUGCUACGGACCCGAGUGUGUCAAUAAAGCCCGUCAAGGAUCAAAAUAUUGUUCGGACGUUUGCGGCACACGCUUGGCUACAAACCGUAUUUAUCAAGUGCUUCCACAGCGGAUUCAAGAAUGGGCCCUGUCCCCUUGCGUGGCUGAGGAUAUCAACAUCAAAGCGCUUGAAUCUGUUCGCAAAAAUCAACUUGAAGUUAAAAAAAUUCUACAAGAACUUGAUAAGCGACAUAAUGAACUUGACGCAAUUGUCGAACGAGCGAGACACGCCGUUAUAGAUCCAAAUGCUGAAGGUGAUGCUGAAGACGAGACGGAAAUGUCAAUGUACUGCAUUACGUGCGGUCAUGAAAUUCAUAGUCGGACUGCAAUUAAACACAUGGAGAAGUGCUUCAAUAAGUACGAGUCUCAGUCGAGUUUUGGAAGUAUUUACAAGACGCGUAUUGAGGGCAACGUGAUGUUUUGCGACUUCUUCAAUCCGGUGAAUAGCACCUAUUGUAAAAGACUAAGAGUGUUGUGUCCUGAGCACUGCAAGGAUCCGAAAAUCGGAGAUGAUGAGGUGUGCGGUUGCCCAUUGGUAACGAAUGUUUUCGAUGCUACGGGGGAUUUUUGCAGGGCACCGAAGAAGUCUUGUUUGAAGCAUUAUGUUUGGGAAAAAUUGCGCAGGGCAGAGAUUGACUUGGAAAGAGUUAGGCAGUGGUUGAAACUCGAUGAAUUGUUAGAAAAAGAGCGACAAAUUCGUCAAACAAUGACAAACCGAGCUGGAGUAUUGGCGCUCAUGUUGCAUUCAACAUAUAAUCACCAAGUGAUGGAGGAAAUCACCAAAGCUUCUCAGCAAGAUCAACAAGUUUUACAGAAAGAGCUUGCCAAACGUUUUCGAAAGCAGCAACCUAAACCGCAAGUGAUUCGUAUUUAUCGCAUUGGAAGACGUCCGUACCCUGCUCCAAGACCUAACUAUUCUGCUCCAAGGCCCACUUAUUUUGCUCCAAGACCAUCUUUUCCAGUUCAUAGACCUUCAUACCCUCCUCCAAGACAAAUACUGCCUAUAUACCAUCCUCAACUUGUUCGUGCGAUUCCAUUCGUUCCCCGAACAAGAAAUGCUCCAUAUCUGAUGAGAUGAUUUUGAUGUUAUUCACGGACAUAUUGUAUUGUUAUCUAUGCAUAAUAAUUUAGUUACUUUGGCCAUACGUGAA